AUGACGGCACCUAACAACAACAACACAACAUCCAAACCCCUUGUCCGCCGCAUCAGAGCAGCGGCGUGCCCCACCCUGUCAGUGGUGGCAGAGGACACCAGCUCCCAGACCACCACCGAGGACACAAAGGAGAAGAAAGACGUUGUAGGGGAGGCGGAGAUUGGAGAAGACGCACCUGCUUGUGGGAAUGCUGACAACGAAAAUGGGGGACAGGAGCCUGACCACGAAGUAGACCAAGAAGAGGAAGUGGGGGAAGGGAGACGUGGGGAGGAAGACGAGGAGGAGGAAGAUGGGGAUGGAGAGGAAGAGAAUGGCGAUGAAGAUAAGGCUGAGGCAGCUACUGGCAAAGGGGCAGCUGAAGAUGGUGAGGCCGGCAGCCACCUAAAGGCGGCUGAGCAGAGCUAG